AUGUCGUCUAUGCGCGGUCUCGUCCAAUUCAUAGCCGACCUCCGAAACGCGAGAGCCCGGGAGCUUGAAGAGAAGCGCAUCAACAAAGAGUUGGCCAAUAUUCGGCAGAAAUUCAAGAACGAGAAGUUGGAUGGGUAUCAGAAGAAGAAAUAUGCUUGCAAAUUGCUCUACAUCUACAUCCAAGGAUACAAUGUCGAUUUCGGACACCUGGAAGCGGUCAAUCUCAUCUCCGCCACGAAGUACUCGGAGAAACAGAUCGGAUACCUGUCGGUGACCCUCUUCCUCCACGAGGAACACGAACUGCUGCACUUGGUGGUCAACAGCAUUCGGAAGGACUUGUUGGAUCAGAACGAAAUCAACAAUUGUCUGGCCCUUCAUGCGGUCGCCAAUGUCGGUGGGAGGGAAAUGGGCGAGGCCCUCAGUGCCGACGUCCACCGACUGCUGAUCUCACCUACCUCGAAAUCCUUCGUCAAGAAGAAGGCCGCCCUGACGCUCCUCCGACUCUACCGAAAAUACCCUGGCAUCCUGCAGCCGGAAUGGGCGGAGAGAAUAAUAUCGCUGAUGGACGAUCCCGACAUGGGUGUCGUUCUAUCGGUCACAUCUUUGAUCAUGGCUCUGGUUCAAGACCACCCAGAUGCCUAUAAAGGAAGCUAUGUGAAGGCCGCCCAAAGGCUACACAAGAUUGUCAUCGAGAACGACAUAUCUCCCGACUACCUGUACUACAAGGUGCCAUGCCCUUGGAUCCAGGUGAAAUUUUUGAAGCUACUCCAAUACUAUCCGCCAUCAGAGGACACCCAUGUUCGCGACAUCAUCCGCGAAGCACUCCAGGCGAUUAUGCAAGCAGCGACCGAAACCCCGAAAAAUGUACAACAGAAUAAUGCCCAGAAUGCCGUCCUAUUCGAAGCCAUCAAUCUCCUCAUUCAUCUCGACACUGAGCAUCAACUGAUGAUGCAGAUAUCUUCCAAACUCGGCAGGUUCAUCCAGUCACGCGAGACCAAUGUGCGGUAUCUGGGACUGGAUGCGAUGACCCAUUUCGCCGCGCGAACAGACACGCUUGACCCCAUCAAACGUCAUCAGAACAUCAUCAUCGGUUCUCUGCGAGAUCGGGAUAUCAGUGUUCGACGGAAGGGGUUGGACUUGCUCUACAGCAUGUGUGACACAACCAAUGCGCAGCCGAUCGUCAACGAGCUGCUGAAGUACCUCCAGACCGCCGACUUUUCGAUCCGAGAAGAGAUGACGUUGAAGAUCGCCAUUCUGACGGAGAAGUAUGCCACGGAUGCUCAAUGGUACAUAGACAUCUCGUUGCGAUUGCUCGCCAUGGCCGGAGACCAUGUCAGUGAUGAAGUAUGGCAACGAGUGGUCCAGAUCAUCACCAACAACGAGGAGCUGCAAGCUUAUGCAGCGCAACAUAUUUUUGACUAUCUCAAAACGGAGGAUUGUCAUGACAGCCUGGUCAAGAUCGGCGGAUACAUCCUUGGAGAGUUUGGGCAUCUGAUCGCCGACAACAAAGGCUCCAGUCCGAUUGAGCAGUUGAUGAUGCUGCAGACGAAGAUGAUCUCGGCGCCGGACCCGACAAGGGCGUUGCUGUUGUCGACCUUUGUCAAAUUCGUUAAUCUGUUCCCGGAAAUCAAGCCGCAGCUCCUACAGAUGUUCCAGUUUUACAGUCAUUCCCCAGAUUCGGAGCUGCAACAACGGGCUUGCGAGUAUCUGACCAUUGCAACGCUGCCGUCCGACGAUCUGCUCAGAACCAUAUGUGACGAAAUGCCUCCAUUCUCGGAACGGGCAUCGAUCCUCCUCCAGAGACUACACAAGAAGAGUGUGGGGACGAGCGAGCGAAGGACCUGGGUGGUAGGAGGCAAAGAUGCCAACGCCGACAAGCAAGAGGUCGUGCUCGCGCAGCAACCGACCGGUCUAAAACGGUCGUUUACCACCAUCGUCAACGGAGCAACAAGCUCGCCGACCAAGGCAAACGGCAACGGGAAUGUAACAGGGUCAAGGAGCGUCAGCGGUGUCUCGCAGAACGGCGGUUACAGCAGUUCCGCGUCGAAAGACCUCGAAGGGUUGGACAUGAAUGGACAUACCGCCGCCGCCGAAAACAUGGCUGGCACCACACACCUUUCUCCCGACUGGGAAAUUGGCUACGAACAGAUGUAUUUCGCCAACGAAGGCAUUCUGUACGAAGACCCGCAGAUCCAAGUCGGCCUCCGCGCUGAAUACCGCGGCCAUCUGGGUGUGGUCAAACUGUAUUUCACCAACAAGGCCUCGUUCCCCAUCGGCUCGUUCACGACGACCAUCGACAACAAAUCCGCGCCGAACUUGCGCAUCGACACUAAGAGCUUACCGGACUCGCACAUCGACGCCGACUCCCAGGCCCAACAGACCAUCGUGUGUACGUCUGUCGCGCCCUUCUCGGAACCACCGACCAUUCGGAUCUCGUAUCUCGCGGGCGCGUUGCAGGGCUACACUCUCAAACUGCCCAUCCUGCCACACCGGUUCAUGGAUCCGUCGGAGCUGUCGGCCGAGGAUUUCUUCAAACGGUGGCGACAGAUCGGCGCGGGCCCCCUCGAGGCGCAGAGCACGUUUGCCCUACGCAGGCCGGCGACGGACAUGAGUGAUGCCCACAUCCGCGACACCGUGGAGGGGUUCCGCUGGCGCAUUCUCGACAAUGUCGAUCCAAACCCGAAGAAUGUCGUCGGUUGUGCGGUGCUUCAGUUGGAGAAGGGCAAGACGGGCUGUUUGUUGAGGUUGGAGCCGAAUCAUCAACAGAAGGUAUGUCAUAUUCGUCUCUCUAUCCGUCUUGCGUGUGUUUUGGAGUUUGAAUGA